AUGCCUAAAGAGAAGCCGGUGGCGGCGGGUAGCGAACCGUGUACUUCGAAUAUGUCGAAGAUGCCGAGAAAUAGCAAUUUGCACUCACGCACCGGUCGCCACCGCAAACAGUCAUCAUCUACCAGUAGUGAAGCGAGUGGCGAUGAGGAACCAAAGCAAGAAAUGGCAGUACGAAGGCGUGAACGCAGUGAUCGUGAUGGACCUUUAGAAGGUCUGAAAGAAAUGGUUUGCUCAAAGUUUCGUGUGAUUGUAUCGCAAAAUCGGCGACGCAUUAAAACUGACGGAUUUGAUUUGGAUCUAACAUAUAUAACUGAUCGAAUUAUUGCAAUGGGAUAUCCAGCAAAUGCUACUGAAGCUCUUUAUCGCAACAGUAUGAAACACAUUAUUCGUUUUCUCGAGAAACGCCAUAAAGAUCACUACAAAGUCUUUAAUUUACGUGGCCAAUAUUCUUAUGAUCCCGCUAACUUCAAAAAUCGUGUAGUUUCGUUUGAAAUGACUGACCACCAUCCACCAAGACUUGAGCUAAUGGCACCAUUUUGUCGCGAGGUUCACGAAUGGCUAUGUGAGGACCCUAGAAAUGUAGUCGCAGUUCACUGUAAAGCCGGAAAAGGCCGAACUGGUGUCAUGAUUUGCGCUUAUCUUUCGUAUUGUUGCUUUUAUCCUUCUCCUCGCCAAAACAUGGACUAUUAUUCCGUCGUGAGAACUAGAAAUAAUAAAGGAGUCACGAUUCCAUCACAACGUCGAUAUGUCUAUUAUUACGACCACCUCCGAAAGCAUAAGCUGAAUUAUUUACCCUGCCGAAUGCAACUUGUUGGAAUUUAUCUAGAAAGACCGCCAAAAAGUCGAGGACCUUUAAUGCGAGAUCAGCUGAGCAUGCGAGUAGCUAACGGAGAUGUAGACGUCUACUAUGGACAACCUAUGAAUAUUGCCGACGAUGUUUGGGCUGAAGAAGAAACCGCUUGGGCGGGACAUGUUGUGUCCAAGGGAUUUGAUUCUUAUGACCCCAAUUGUCCUGUUCCAAAUGAGGAUGUCAUUUCGAGAAGAGCAUAUGGAUGGACAGUACCAUCUACCCAACCUGUAUUUCUUGAAGGCGAUGUUCGGGUCGAUCUUUACGUCCAUAAAAAGUUCAUUAACAUAUUCACAUCGACAGGAAGAAAUAAGCUUGGACAUAUAUGGUUUAAUACAAUGUUUUCCUGUCCUGGUGCAUGUGGUGGAGAUCCGUAUGUUCAUGGAGAUGAAGCUCAUCCGUAUCCCGAAGGAGAAACCACAAUUGCUGCUCGUAAAAAGCAGUUCACUAUUGGAGAUGAUGAAGUAUAUAGCUCAAAUGUCAAUAGAGAAAGCGAGGACACCUUUGAUGAGCCCUUGAAACAGAAGCAAUCUCAGGUUGAUUCUUUGCAAUCCUGCGACAUUGCGGAUAUCAAUCCCUUACCUCUUGUUGCUCGUUCCGGGCAAUCAAAAAGUUCUCCCUUGUUGUCUCCAGAGAGAUCUCCAGCGACUUCUGUUGGCGCAAUGAGUAGCCCAUCAAUGAGUUCUGCGGCAACUUUAACUCCCAAAUCUAAAGAACGGAAAGAUGCAGCCAGAAAGUCCACGUCGAGAUUGAGUAAAGCCUCGAAAGCAGCUAAACGAAUAUUUACUAGUUCUGAAGGUGCGAAAUCCCGCGCCAGUGAACCAGCGAUUAAUGUUAGUGCUGUCAGUCCUUCUCAUCGUCGUUCAACCCCAGAAGCCGUGUAUUCAUCAACAGUGCCAAGCCGUCCACCAUUAAAUUUUGACGAACUUCAAAUAUCUGAACCGCCAGGUCUUAAUCGCCACUGUCCGGAAGAAUCGCUUGAUAGAAUAUAUAGAGAAAAAGGAAGAAUUCCUCCUCGGUACGCAAUUAGCAAGAUGCUUGUUGAAGCUCACGAAAAAGAGCUUGUACAAGAUGUCUACAAUGAGAGAAGACGAAGUGUUCCUAGUGAAGGAGAGCCGGUGAAGUGUGCGCCGGAAGGAAAACCCAAUGCUUCUGGACCAAACCGUUUGUUAAGAAAUUUCGAUGAGCAUGUUUCGGUGUUUCCGAUUAUGGAAAUUGAUCGUGCCUGUAAAAAUGAUUCGAUUCAAACUGGAUUUAAGGAUUUUGAUGCUUUGAAGCUGGAAAGUGAAGGAGUUGCGACAAAUGCAUCAAAUGAGUUCGGUCUAUUGGACGAUACUGACGUCGACAAUGAGGUUCGGAGUUAUCAUCCUGAUCCAGGCAGCAACUGGGACAAUUCUGCGAGCAGUCGUUCAUCGUCAUCGAGUGAGGACGUUCAAAUUCAGCCAAACAGCUCAAUGAUCACCACUGACUACUCUGGAAUUGAUUCCUCAGUCAAUGAAGCAACCGGAAAUGUUGUUGAUCAAGCAAGCAAUGAUAAUUAG